AACAGUCCCACAAUUUCACUUCUUGCUUUAAUUCAUCAUCACUAAUGUCAUUCUCUUCUUCGGUUUAUCUCCAAUUCACAGCUCUUUCUGAAUUUGUGUCUUCUCAUAAACCACCAUGGGCUACUCCUAACACCCUAGGGUUAGUUUUUUAUGCUAUUAAUCUUAUUUUGAGCCUUUGCAUGCCUUUCGUUAUCUCUCCCAACAAAUACCAGGCGAUGGAUGAAAGAGAUGAAUUAGAGGCUGAAGUGUCUGAGAUUAAGUGGAAUGAUAGAGAUGGGUGGAGUAGGAAAUUGAUAGAAAAGAAGAAACAGAAGAUUGCUGCAUUGGAAAAGAAGAUUGUUAGGCUUCAAAAUUGGUACUCGGUUGCUAAUUUCUUAUCUAUGUUUUUAUUUCUCGGUAUGUUUUGCAUUGUUUUAUUGCUUUACUGCCUACAAUAAAUCGUCUUCUCUAGGUUAUUAUGAAGAAAUGAAAUAGACCCUUUGUAUAUAGAUUAGAUUGAUAUGGAGACAGACUCCUUCAUUAGCCAUUAUGGGUUUGUUUUGAAAAGUAUUUUGGUAACUUCUAAACUAGAGGUAUUAUCGUGCUGUGAAUAUGUAACGAGAAUGCUCUCUUUAUAUCAUCUAGUUUAUCUUCUGGGGUGCCUCUUUUGUUUUUUA